GUCUACCGGAUGUUAAAAAAUAUGCAGCUGAUUUUUCUUACGUGUACAAGCUAUUGAAAACAAAUUGAAAUGAAACCACGGCUUGUAUGUCGAAUCCAGAUGAUUUCAAAAGUGCUUAUUGUAUUGCUUUAUGCCAUUCAAUGUUCAGGGUCGAAAAUUUCCGAUUUGCGACUUUGUGCAGACGAUGAUUGUAAAACUAUGUUAUCAUUAGCCAAGACAUUAGCUAGACAUCAUCACAAUGAUCCUAUUUUCCUUACAUUCAGUCGUGGAGAAGUUGUACAAAUAUUAAGUAAAUCUGCAGGAAACAGACCAGAUCUCUGGGGUGGACAGAUAGGAGAUAGAAAAGGUUACUUUCCAAGAUCAUUUGUGAGGGAAUAUAAAGUUGAAAUUCCCAACCCAGGAAAGAUAGUUCCCACAGAGGGUAAUGAACCCAAGCCCCUAUUGACUCAGCCAGAAGGUGAGAAAGAUGAAACAGAACUUGAAGAUGAAGAUGAGACUGACAGUAAAGAAGAUGAUGAAGGAUACCAAAGUGAUGAGAACUCAGAGGAAACAGAGAAGAAGGAUAACAAAGAUGGUUUAGAGUUUUCAGACUAUGACGGAACAGACAUUGAAACAGAAGACAAUGAGGUCAGAAUUGAGGAAGAUGUUGGAAAGCAAGAUGAGGUAAAAAAUGAAGCACAACAGAAUGAGGUCAGAAGUGAAGGCCAACGGGAUGUCGGGAAAGAUGGCAAUAUACAACAAGACCAACCUAAAACUGGAGAUGACGAGACAAAGGAACAAGUUGGAGAUGAUAAAACAGAAAAAGCCACUGGAGAUGAUACGAAAAAAGAGGAGAUUAAAGAUGAUAAUACAGAGGUAGAUGAAACAGAAGUAGGGGGAGAUGAAAGAGAGAAAGAUGAUAACAAAGAGGAAAUGAAAGAUGUGAAGGUAGAGGAAAAAAGCAGUGAAUCUCCAGAUGUCAAAGGUCAAGGUCAGAAAGUUCCAGAUGGUGAAAAACCUAAUGAAGGUUCACAAAUUGUUGAGUCGGAGGAAGGAUUGCAAAUAAAUGAUGAAAAUCUAUUGGACGAAAAAAAGGAGGAAAGUGAAAGCGCAGAAAAUGAAAGUGAGGGGAAAGUUGAUGUAGAUCAGAAAGAGGAUAGGAAACCAGUUGAAGAAGGUAAACAAGCACCUGACAUAGUUGAGGCAACCCCAUCAUCUAAUAUAGAAAAACCGGAAGAAGUCCAGGCAACUGGAUCACCUAACUUAGAAAAACCUUUAGCAGAAGCACAGGAAACAAAAUCACCUGACAUGGAAAAACCAAUAGAAGAGGUCCAGGUAACCCAACCACCUGUAAUAGAAAAACCUGUUGAAGAGGUCCCUGCUAAAGAAAUGACACCACCCUCUGUUGCUGAAGUGAUCCCAUCAGAGGAGGUCAAGCCCACACCAGCUGUUGAUGUACCUGUAGAAUUAAAGGAGACGUCAGCUGAACAAGUGAAGCCCACACCUGUAUUGGAAUCCUCACAACCAUCAGCAAUGGAUGGCUAUACAAUCAUCGAUGGCACACCUUUCCCAUUAGAUAUGUUUGAAGAUUCAGAACCACAGAAAACAGCCCUUAAAGUGGAAAGUUCAACACCAGUUAUACAGGCUACUGUUACACAAGAUGUUGCUCCUAGUCAAGCAGCACCUUCAGGAGAUGGACCUAAUGUUGUAGAAAUGGAACAAAAGCAGACAUCAGAGCAGAAAUCUCAGACCCAAGAUCAGUCAGGUCAUACAGGGCAAGAAAGACCCGUGGAAAGUAUACAAGGUCAAACUCAACAGAAGGAGAAUUCCCCUCAGGUGCCUCAAGAAACUGGUCCCACAGGAGAACAACUAGAUAAAACAGAAGAGACCCAAAACCUGCAGAAAGAGAGUUCCCCUCAAGUACCUCCACAAACUGGUCAGACAGAGCAAAGUCAACAACAACAGCAGACAAGUCAAGACCAACCAGAACAAAAAUUACCUCAGGAAACUGGGCAGAUUGAUCAGAGACAAGCAAAUGGUCUACAAAUGCAGCAAGGUCAACAGGUACAGCAAGGUCAACAGGUACAGCAAGGUCAACAGGUUCAGCAAGGUCAGCAAAUACCGCAAGGUCAACAAAUGCAGCAAGAUCAACAGGUACAGCAAGGUCAACAGGUUCAGCAAGGUCAACAAAUACCACAAGGUCAACAAAUACCACAAGGUCAACCAAUGCAGCAAGUACCAGACCAAAUAGUUGAACAAGUGAGACAGCAGGGACCAGGAAGCCUGACAGAUGAGCAAAAACUGCAGCUGGAAAAGAUGAAAUCAUCUCAGUCAGUUCAGACUGAACAGACAGGUCAACCUGUCCAGGAACAAAAAGGACAGGUUGAGCAAGGUCAACAAGGUCAAAUGCCUAAGGAACAAAUAAUUCAAGAUCAAAUAAUAAAAGAAGACAAAGAGACCAACAUUUUGAAUGAGGCUGUUAAAAAAGCUUCUGGGCUUCAUCCUGAUGUUGAAUUUGUCACAGAAGAUUUGAUGGAGUUUUUGGAUGAGGAGAAGAAAGAAUCAAAUGAAGAUAAACCUGCUGUAGAACAGCCAUCCAGUUCUGUUCAGACUGGUACCCCAGUUAUCAGUGAUAAACCUAAUCAACAAGGUGAUGCACACCAGAAUUCACCACAAAAGCAACAAGAUCAAACUGGUUCUCCAACACAAACACAAGAGCAAAAUGGUGGUCCACAAGGUAAACCAGAUCAGCAACAACAAACUAGUUCCCCAUUGGUUAGUGAUAAACCAGAUCAGCAACAACAAACUGGUUCCCCAUUGGUGAGUGAUAAACCACUUCAGCAUCAGUCUGGUUCUUCACAACAACAAGCUGAUACCCAAGCACCAUCACCAGCUGAUGUAAGAGAUAUUAAACCAAUGACAGAAGGAGGAAAGACAGAGCCCCAGGUAUUACGGAAUGACAUUAGAAGUUCCCUGUCAGUGGCUGAUCAACUUAUGUCUUCUAUGAACAUGGACAUUCCAGCCAAACAACAGCAGCAUCAGGCGACUAUGGUUUUACAGGAUAAUACUGAUAUCAAGUUUGGAACAGCCAAUGCCACUGAUACUAAUGUGCCACCAGCCAAUUCAGAGCCACAUGUACAUGAUGUGUAUAAAACGGCAGACUUCUUGACUAGGAAGCCAUUAUCACACAAUACAGAUACUAAUGUUAAUGGGAUACAGAGUGUUCAACCUGAUGUUAAAGCUGAAGAGAAACCACAGACUAUUACACCAUUACCACAAAAGGAGAUUACACCACCACCUAGACAAGACGAGAUGCCACCACCGCCAUCACAACAGAAUGUGACACCUGACCCACAAGAUACGGUCCUUACACGGAAGAUUACUGAUGACACACUUGAGGAAGAAGAGAAUAAGGAAUACCAGGAACAACAAGGAUGGAGGGUUGGAUUCAGAGGAAUGGAAGCUAAACUUAAACUGGUUGUAGAAAAGCUUCCACCGUCAAUUCAGUCUCUACUAGAACAGGAACCAUUAGGUCUGACACCACAGAUGACAGUCCUUGUUGUCAUAGUAACAAUAACAAUGUUAAUGACUAUUUCCUGUCUGUCUUGUUUAUGUGGAGGAAAGAAGAAACCAAAGAAGACAGACCCAGUAGUUGUGGUCAGGGGUCUUGAAGAAAAGUUAUUUAUAGCCACAAAAGAAAGAGAAAAUGUUGAAGAUGAACUUGAAAUAUCACAGAAAAGGGUCAAAGAGUUAGAAGAGGAAACAAAAUUACUGGCAUUAUCAUCUGGUGAUGUAGCAACAGAAAUUAACAAGUUCAAGACCUUGAUAAAAGAGUAUGAGAGUUCUGUGUCAUCCCAACAAAAUGAGAUAGAUAAAUUAACUACAGAAUUGUCACAGAAAAAGAAAGAGACACAGACCAAGUCAAAUAAAUUUGAUGAAACACAGAAACAGUUAAAGAAGAAAGAACAAGCAGUUGAAUCAAUUUCAGAGAAACUGAAAAAUGCUAAUAAAGAACUAGAUAGUGUAAAGUCUGAACUGAAGUCAGAGAAAAACCAGAACAGUUCUCUGACUAAACAAAUAGAACGGCUAGAAGUUAGUAAACAACAGUUAUUGAAAGAAGCAGAAGAUUGGAAUGAAAAACAUCAAGAUUUAACAGAGAGAUAUGAGACAUUACAGAAAGGUCAAACACAAGUUCAGGAAGAUUUGGCUUUUAAAGAAAAUGAAUUAGAGGUUUUACGUGAUUGUUUCUUGCAAAUGAAAGCUUUUGAGAAUGAAGAUUCUGAAGACCAAGAUGAAACAGAUAGUACAAGUAUACAAGAUAAAUUAAAGUCCAUGAUGGAUGUAUCGGGUGUUAAUGCUAGGUUAAAAACAGUAGAAGAUGAAAGAAAUAUAGUACAGAACAGAAUUGAUAUAGAAGUUCAGAGUAGAAUAGACAUGGAAGAACAAAUAGCAGAAUUAGAAAGAAAAAUGGAAGGUUUAAAAACAGAUAAAAUGAAAGCUGAGAGACAAAGUAAUGAAGCUACAACCAAAUUAAAUGUUCUUACCAAUUAUUUCAAAGAAAAAGAAGCUCAAUUACAAAGAGAAUUAGGUGAACAAGAAGCUUUAAAGAAACAAAACAAAAAUAGAUUAGAAAAUGCAGAUGAAACGGCCAAAAUGGUAACAGAAGAAUUAGAAAGUUACAAAUCACAAACAGAUGACCUGAAAAAAGAAAUUUUAUCUGCAGAAAGGGAUUUCAGAUCUCAGAUAGCAGCUAACGAAAAGAAAGCCCACGAUAACUGGUUAUCAGCGAGGGCAGCCGAGAGAGAAUUAAAAGAAUCAAGACAUGAAUGUUCAGUAUUAAGACAAAAAUUAACAGAUUUAGAGAGAAGAUUAAUGCAGGGCCCUAGUGGUUUGAUACGACCGUUACCAACACGAGGCAUGCCUCCUCCAGGUAUGAUAAAUGGACCAUUACAUCCAUCAGACAGACCAGGAUCACGGAGUGGGCCGUUCCCACCACCUCCAGGAAUGAGGGAUGAUGACAUGAGAGGAUCUCCUGGUCCUGUACGAUUACCUCCCCCUGACCGACGUGGACCACGGAUGCCACCACCAGAGAUGAGAUCUCCCCCUCCUCCAGAUAGACAUGGAGGACCAAGAAUGCCACCUCCUGAUCUCCGAUCACCACCACCAUUUGGCAGAGGACCACCUCCUCCAAUGGACAGAAGGUCACCACCACCUUACGGCAGAGGGCCACCUGGUUAUAGAAUGCCUCCGCCUCAUGAUAUGCUUCCUCCUCAUUUACGAGGACCACCACCACCUCGUUCUUCCUCGCCCCCUAGAAUUGAUCCAUCAGGGGCAGGGACGACCCGUCACAGAGAACAAGAUCAAGACCACACCCAAAGACAGUCAAGUCAAGUCUGAUAUAGACAAUCAUGUGAUUAUAUGACAUCAUAGACAGUCUAAUCAUGUGAUAUAACAUUUAUGGUCAUGUGAUAUUACAUAUCUGAUCAUGUGACAUAUAUAUCAUAGAUGGUGCAGACAAGAAGCUCAAUAAAAUUGUAUUAUGAACAGGGUUAACCAAAGUCAUCAGGAGUUCAGUUGGUCUGUGUGAUUUACUUCUAGUCAAAAUACUAACAUUUUCAUAAGAUCUCUUGAGAAUAGAUAUAAGCCUUCUGACAAUGUCACAUGUUUGGAUGAUGAGUAGAGUUUGCAACUUUUGUUUCAUAUCAUCACAAUUAUAAUGUUUCUUUUAGUAUAGUAAAAGGUGAUUUAGAUAUUUACAUUUAUCAUUGUACUGUUAAUUUUGAAGUGCCAGAGAUUGACAAAAGUAAAAAAAUGUCAUGUUUAUUUGAAUUUAUGAUAGUAGCUAGAAUAGAUGAAAAGUUAACCAACUAGUGGUCUAGACUGCUCUGUACUGACCAAAUUAGGGGACAUCUACAAAGUUGAUAUUAUGAAAUGUUUUAACCAAUCAUAUAAGUGCUUAAGAUUUAAAUCUGUCUCGUGAAUGUCAUGUUAUGUCACAAAAAUCAACCUUAUUUCGGGAUAGAUGUUAAUAAAAUGACCUUGCUUCAUAUUUUACAUUUGGGUGCAUGGUAAUGAUAUAAGAAAUAUAUUCAUAGUAGAUUUACAGACUAUUUAGUAAUUUUAAUCAUAUUUGGGAAGAUUGUGACAAAAUGUUUGUAAGUUAGUUUGUCUAGUUUGUUUGUGUAAAUUGUUCACCUUAUUAGAUCCACAAAUUCCUGGACCUACAGGAUUAAUGCAAUUUACAUGUCUGUUGUUCUUUUCACGUAAAAUGAAGUACUGAACACUUCAGCAUAACUUAGGAUCAAUUUUGAUUGGUAGAUUUGAGUGCACAGUGAGUCACAGCGUUGUAAUUUUUUUUCCUAUAGUGCAAUUUCAUUAUCAUGUGUUUGAUUAUUUUGUGGUUGUAGUUAGCAGUAUUUUAUGGCAACUAUUUAUUUACUCUGUGUUCCAAGAUUCCUCAAAAGAUUUUAACUUAAUUUCUUUAUUAACAACACACAUACCAG